AUGCACGACAUCCUCAGUAGCAGCGACAUUAACAAUGGCAGCAGUGGCAACGGGGCCACUAGCUGUAGAGUCCAACAGCUGCAGCUGUCCCAGCAUGAACGUCAGCAUCAGCAAAAGCUGCACCGACAGCAGCGUCAAAGAACGGAGAGUCAGCAGCCUCCAAAAUGGCGCCAAAAUCAUCCCAGCACGGGUACCAGAGAGACUAACCACAACAGCCACAACGCCAGCAGCAACGGCGCCUGA